UCAAUAUAUACUCCCUCGUUACAAACACAUACUAGAAAACCAUUCCAUUACACGACCUAAUCUUUAAGCAUUUUCGUGACGAAUUGAGCCUGUACAUGCUUUAAUCUUCCUCGAUCUGUAAUAAAAUAAGGAGAUGGGUUUGAGAGAUAUUGGAGCCACACUGCCACCGGGGUUUAGGUUUUACCCUAGUGAUGAGGAGUUGGUUUGCCACUAUCUUUACAAGAAGAUAGCUAAUGAAGAUGUUCUUAAGGGUACUUUAGUGGAAAUUGAUCUUCAUACUUGUGAGCCAUGGCAGCUUCCUGAGAUGGCGAAACUCAAUUCAAGCGAGUGGUACUUCUUCAGCUUUCGUGAUCGCAAGUAUGCAACUGGAUAUCGAACAAACAGGGCCACUAUAUCCGGAUACUGGAAGGCUACUGGAAAAGAUAGGACAGUUGUGGAUACGAGAACUGGUGCCAUCGUGGGGAUGAGGAAGACUUUAGUGUUUUAUAAAAACCGCGCACCAAAUGGGAUUAAAACCGGUUGGAUCAUGCAUGAAUUUCGUCUUGAAAACCCUAAUAUUCCGCCCAAGGAAGACUGGGUUUUAUGUCGAGUGUUUUACAAAGCAAAGGGAGACAAUAGCAACGAACGCAGCCCACAAGACAUGUAUCACAAUACAUAUGAUGCCACUUCACUAAAUCAUGAUGAUGCAUGUCCCACCCUCCCACCACCGCCUUGUGUCCACCACCACCACCAUAUCUGCACCACCACCCCCAACCUCUCCAAUCAAAAUCCAACACCACCGGUUCACCACCACCGUCACCACAAAAAUUACUUGGACAUAUCACCACAGCAAUACAACCUCCCAAAUCUUCUCCAGUUAUCGCAAGAGGCUACCUUGAAGGAAUGUAUGGACCAAAUGAUUGUAAGCUCAAAUAGUAAGUGUGAAGAUCACUAUGGUUUCUUUUACGAUAUGGCGUUAGAAGACUAUGCCUCUUCUCAGAAUCUACAAGACAUGGAAUUCGAUGACGAUGAUAAUGACAAUGGCAUAGUGUUCUAGGAGUAGUAAUUAAUUUCAAGCUCAAGUAUUUUAGGCAUAGAAAAAUUAAG